AUGGAUUCAGACGAAAAUGAAACUCAGCCUUUAUUAGGUCCAAUUAAUGGAAGAACAGUAACUGAUUAUGGAGAAAGAAAUAAACGAUUUGCUAGAUCAACAUCUCCACACCCAAGAUCCUCAUCUCAAACUCCAAAUCCACAAAAAAAGAGAGCAAGUACAGGUAGAUCUAAUGAUUUGGCUCCAAAUGAUGAUUCUUCUUGUUCACAGCGCCGUCGAUAUUCAUUCUCCGGUCAUGAUCACAUAAAACGUCCAAGCUCAGUAGCUGGAGGUAAUGCCCCAGAAAGACCGCUUUAUCAACGUUUAUUAUCCAAUUAUCAUUCUGUUAGUAAUCCAAAUUCUCCAUUUGAUGCGCAUUUGAGUCUGGUUUCAUUAAUUGGUGGUGGUGGUGCAGGAGGAUUUUUACAAGAUAAUGCAAGCAUUGCAUCCCUGAUGGGUGGAGAUGCUAGAAGAAUGAGUAUUGCAGAUAUCGUUAAUUCACUUAGACCUCAAAGAUUAAUUGGUACUUUUAUACCAAUUUGUAAUUGGUAUGAUGCAUAUAUCCUGGAUCUUCAUACUAUCAAAAAUAAGAAAAUAAGAAACUAUUAUGAAGAACAAAAUGAAUUGAUUGAGAAAUUCCAAGAAAUUGAUAAUUUCUUAGAUGCUGGAAAGAUUCAUUAUAAUAUGUUAAGUAAUUAUACUGAUUCACAUAAUGGGAAAGUUGCCCUUGAUAAUAUUGUUGAAAUCGAUGAACCACUUUCUAGAAAAGCCAGUAGUGAAUUUCAAAAUAAUAGUGAUUUAGAACAAUGUAUGCAAGCUAAUGAAACAAUUGCAACAAGAUAUUCAAGAUUUUAUGACGUUCCUGGUAAUAUCGAUAAUGAUGGUUCCAAAUUCUUAGGUUUUGAUGAAGAAGAUCACAACAGUCAAGUCUUAACAGCUAUCUUAGUCAAUUUCUUAAUCAAUUUCUUAUUAUUAAUUGGAAAAUUGGUUGUUGCUGUAUUAACCAAUUCUAUAUCGGUAGUUGCAUCUUUAGUUGAUUCCAUUUUGGAUUUCUUAUCCACAUUCAUCAUCUACGUCGUCAACAGAUUAGCCACCACCAAAGAUUGGAAAGUCCAACAUACGUAUCCAGUUGGUCGGUCUCGUUUAGAACCACUCGGAAUCCUUAUUUUUUCAAUCAUUAUCAUUAUUUCCUUUUUCCAAGUUGGUCAAGAAUCAUUCAAACGUCUCUUUUUCCCCAGUCCAGAACAGAAGAUUCCAGCAAUUAUUGGAAUCGACGCUAUUGCAAUCAUGACUACCACAAUUAUCGCCAAAGUCGGAUGUUGGCUCUGGUGUUCCAAGAGCCCUUCAUCCUCAGUUCAAGCACUUGCUCAGGACGCUAUGACUGAUAUUGUUUUCAAUACAGUUUCAUUACUCAUGCCUGCAAUUGGUCAUUAUUUCGAUAUCUGGUGGUUUGAUCCUCUUGGUGCUCUCUUGUUGUCAGUAUACAUUGUCGUGAAUUGGUCGGCUACGGCAUUUGAACAUAUUAAUAAUUUGACAGGGGCAAUUGCUGAUCCACGUGAUUUUAAGGUGAUUUUAUAUUUGGCUUAUAGGUUUGCAGAACCUAUUAGUCGUAUUACUGCAUUGAAAAUUUAUCAUGUGGGUGAUAAUUUGAAUGUAGAAAUUGAUUUGGUAUUUGCUGAAGAACACAAAUUUGAGUUAUCAUUUAAAGAUUGUCACGAUAUUGCUGAAGCAUUACAAUAUUCAAUUGAAAGUUUACCGAUGGUGGAAAGAGCGUUUGUCCACAUUGAUUAUAUGGAAGGGAAUUAUAAAGGACAUUUGAAGUAG